AUGGGAAGUGAUAUUGGAUUUGAAUAUAUGAAUGAAGAUUCGAUAAAUCAUUCAUUAAAAUGUAGUAUUUGCAAUCAACCAUUUGUACAUCCUGUAUCAACAAAUUGUAAGAAAAAACAUAAAUUUUGUCGUCAAUGUAUUGAACAAUGGUUAAAACAGAAUUCAUCAUGUCCAACUUGUCGUCGAAAUUUAAAUUCUGAAGAUCUCAUAUCAAUUACCGAAGAUAUUGUAGUAGAUGUACUUAAUGAAUUACGAGUAAAAUGUAUUCGUUGUGGAAAGACAGAUCUUGAGAGAGGUGAUUUCAAUAAUCAUUUAAAGAAUUCAUGCCUAUCAGCUAUUGUAUCGUGUCCUGCACAAGAUAUCAAAUGUUCAUGGACAGGACAUCCAAAUCAACUUAGUCGUCAUUUAAAACACUGUACUUAUCAAUCAUUACGACCAUUAAUUGUUUCAUUAUUCAAUGAAAAUCAUCAACUUAAGCAACAUGUAACUCAAUUGACAAGUCAUAUUAAAGAAUAUCAACAUGAUACGAAACAAUUAAAAGAACAGUUGGAUCAACAAGCAAAAAAAAUUGAAGGACAAUCUAAUGAAAUUACACAACUUAAGAAUUUAUGGAAACAAAAUGAUAAUCAAACAGUAUCCGUAAGAAAUACACUAAUGAGAGGAUCACAAGUAGCUACAGUUGUAUCUCAAUCGCAACUUGCUAAUAAUUAUUCAUUUGUUAUGUAG